AUGGACGUGGUGCCCGGGACGCGUGAUUUCGGCGCCCACCUCGUAAGCCAGGCGGAAAGGCCUGUGCAUCAACGGAGAGAGGCGCUGGCUGACGACCCAACGCCGGCCUACCUGCGGGACGCACCGCUUAGCAACUCGGCGGACGAGAUCUGUCCUGGCCUGUACCUAUCCGGAUUUGAUGCCAGCCUGAUGUACGGGGAGAUGAAGAAGCAUGGCAUCACACACAUCCUUGUCGUUGCGGCAAGCGCAGAGAUGCGCUAUCCCGAGGACUUCAUCUACAAGCGCCUGCCCGUGUACGACUCCAAGCAGGAGGACCUGUUGUCCCACUUCGAGUCCUCCGUCGCGUUUAUCAACGAGGGCAGGACGAGAGGCGCGGAGAACCGGUGGGAUGUCACGAAGGCGCUGCACAAGCUCAAGAAGAAGCGAUCGAUCGUAUGCCCGAAUGAAGCUUUCAUGUGGCAACUCCACCAAUGGCAAGCCAUGGGGUACACACUGCAAGGCUCCUCACUAGCUCACAAACAGUACUUCAACUGGAAAAAGAGGACGGAGAAGGGGCGACAACAGCUGCGGGACCGGGCCGCCUUCCUACAGGGCACCAUGGUAAAGGCUCCGGACGCGGCCCAGGAGAGCGAGUCCGGCUGUACGCUACAAUAG